GUGGUGUGUGGGCGCACAAGAACUCCCUGAUAGAAAGUGUGUGCAGCACAAAGGUUGACGUGGGUGGAGUCAAAAGCUAAAGCAUCAUGCCAGCCAUUCAACGUGUAGGCGUGGAUGCUCAGGUCAACGGCCACAGUCAUUCUCAUGACUUGGAUGAUGACCACCACCAUGAACACCAUAGCCAUAGCAUACAGGACGUCAACGAUGACAUCUUGACGCAUGAAGACGGUCAGUUCAGACCGCUGGUUAUCAUGGAGAUAUCUGAGAAAACAACCAAUGAGACCAGACGAUGGAUGAUGGAACGAAUUGAGGCACCAGAGGAGAAGGAUGGAGCUGGUUUGAAAGCUAGACAGUCUGCCGGGCAAGAUGGUGAGGGAACCGUCCUGGAGAUUGGAGCCACCAGGGAGCGACUUCUUGAAGGAGCAGAGAUAGCUUGCCUCAAGAAGAAGUGCAAGGAUGGAACGACGCGAGAAUUCACUAGAGUCCAUGCUGACCAGUUUGAGUGUGAAGAGAACCAUUUCCUGACAACCUGUGAUUGCCAGCAUAUCAUAUACUACUUACUUCUCCAUGUCCGCAACCCCAAGACUAGCACUAUCCCAGGAACUGAAGAUGUUAUGCUGUAUGAGAAACAGAGGAUCAUUCCCAAGUGCAUGGAUGCCAAUAUUGUGACCCAUCUCUACCCUCUGCACAUCGCGAGUGAGCUCUCUUCACUCACUAAGAUAUGGUACAAGAGCUUCAACAGCCUUAAUGCACAGCCUAUUGAAAAAAUCCGUGAGUAUUUUGGUGAAGCCCUGGCCAUCUACUUCUCCUUCCUGGGAUUCUACACGGCCGCCCUGGUCCUACCGGCCAGUGUGGGUCUCCUGUACUAUCUCAUCACCUUCUGGGGACCUCCGAGUCAUGGCUACGCGGUGUUCGCCGUCUUCAAUCUCAUCUGGACCACGCUCUUCCUGGAGGCGUGGAAGCGUAAGUGCUCGGCGAUGGCCUACUCCUGGGGUACCUAUGGCAUGGUGAAGUUUGAGGAGCCUCGCCCGCAGUUUUACGGACCGCUGCACCGUAAUCCGAUCACUGGGCGUGAGGAGCCUUCUUAUCCUAAAUGGAAGCGUGUCCUCAAAAAGGUCGGUGUGUCCAUCCCCGUCAUCAUCUUCUUCCUACUGGUGUCAUUUGCCAUCAUGCUCGGCAGCUUCACCUGUGAGGAUUACAUCAAAGGCAAGAUGGACAUCACUAAGAUGCCUGGCCAGGGCUUGUUCCUCCUACCUAGCAUGGUCUACGCGGUCACCAUCGUCAUCAUCAACAAGUUCUAUCGGCAGUUGGCGUCAUUCCUCAAUGACUGGGAGAAUCACCGUCUGCAUUCAACGUAUGAAAACAACCUGAUCAUGAAGUUGGUUGUGUUUGAUUUUGCCAAUUGCUUCAUGGCCCUGUUCUACAUUGCCUUCUACCAACUAGACAUGCUCAGACUGAAAAAGUACUUGGCGACCCUGUUGAUCGUUCAGCAACUCAUCGAGCAGUUCUUAGAGACGGGCCUCCCGUAUCUCAUCCUGCGCUUCUGGAGGAAAGCGGACAAUGUCUUGGAUGAUGGGGAUAAGAAGAAAGAUGAUGAUGUGAACGUGGAGGCUGCCAAGGGACUGGCUGAGGAGCAGAGCAAGAUGGAUGUUUACCCUGGUACCUUUGAUGACUACCUGGAGCUCCUGCUUCAGUUUGGGUACGUCUUUCUCUUCUCAGCUGUGUACCCUCUGGCCGCAGUGUGGGCGUUAUUCAACAACAUCAUUGAGAUACGCUCAGACGCCUUCAAGAUCAGUCGCGUUUGCCAACGCCCCUUCGGCCAGGCGGCUGAAGACAUUGGUACAUGGCAGGUUGUGUUUGAACUGAUGGGAAUUAUUGCAGUGUUGACUAAUACAGCAUUAAUGGCAAUGUUACCGGAGGUCCGAGCUAUCUUCCCUGACAUGACUACCACUCAUUACAUCCUGAUGUUUGUUGCCUUUGAGCACAUUCUCCUCGGUCUGAAGGCAGCUAUUGCAAUCCUGAUCCCUGACCUACCAAAGUGGAUGGAGGUUGAGCUAGCUAGGGAAGAGUUUGAAUCCAGACAAGCAUUCCUUAAAAUGCUUGCCGAGAAGCAGAAUGCAGACGAAGACAACAAGGACAUUGAGGAUGCAAACAGUCUACCAGAGACAACUAAAUUGAUCGAGAUCUGAGAAACUAGGGCAUAAGAUUGGAGACAUUCUCAGUUGUCACCAAAGCAAUUAAAAGGAAAGAAAAGUAAGUCACAACAUUCCAAGGUGUGAAAAAUCCAUUUACAGAAGGUACAGUAAGUGAGGUUUUUUUUUUAAGGGUUUCCGUUUAAGUUGUUUUUAUUCUUUUUUCUUCACCAUCUCCAUCUCUCUAGACCCCAGGUCAACAAGACUUACACAAACUGGGUCGGGUUUCCAUUUACUUUGGAUUUUCAACUGACAAUUUCAGAGUUAAGAAAGUUAUACUUUUCAAGUUCUAGUAGACAGUAAUUUUCAUUCAAAAACACUGCUGCACCCUAUUUGAACUUAAGGAUAAAUACUUUUGUAUGAAUAUUUUUUUUUUCUGAAAGGGGCCUUAUUACCAUUCCGAAUUUUUCUAUCCAGAUGAUUUAUAUUUGUGAAAGAAAAUGGAAUGCUUUAGAAUAACAAGAAUCACAAGAAUGUGAUUACUGAAAAUCAAACUGCCUGUUUCUUAAAGGGAGUUAUACUUUUUCAAAACGGAGCUUAUUUCUUUGACGGUGAAAUAUCAUUGAUUUCUGAUUAUUAUUUUAGUUCCAUUUUUUUUUGCAUGUUGUGCUUUUCCUCGUUUUUGAAAAAUAUAUUUUACUUUAUGUAAAAAAGAAAUUCUGAAGUUUUUGGUAACACAUGAUCUUAUAAAACUAGGCCACUUUGAGCAAGACACACCGCUGUGCCGUCCCUUAAUAUUUUGUACAAAUUGCAGUGGAAUUCAGUUGUGUAUACACAACACUUUUUAAAAAAUUGCCAGAAAAUAAAUUUGCUUACUCUGCCAUUCAAACAUUUAUUUAUUUUCUGUCAACAAAUGAGUUGUCACAGCAACUGUUGGACUGUUUAUAUGAACACGCUGCAGAAAAAGUGUCUGGUGUUUUUUCCCCCGCAAAAGUAAAUAAAACAGUCAGACCACUCAGUGUGACACAAGUCUUCCGUUGGUCUUUCAGUUGCAUACAAAUAAACAAACGAACAAAUAUGAAAUAUAUAUUAUUUGAAAUACAUCUUUGGAUGGCCAAAGAAAGGGGUGGGGAGAUUUCAGAAAAGAAUUUUGCUUUAUUAUAUUAUAGAAACAUCUCAACCAUCCCGAUGAGGUAGUAAAACUUUGAUAUAUUUUUGUAUUUUCAUAUGUAUAUUGGAACUUGUUUUUUUGGAAGCAUUCUUCCAGGUUUAAAUUGUUGUCUUUCUUGAAAUUAUAUAAUUUUUAGAGCAAGCUAGUUGAAACGUUGAGACCAAUUUAAGAACUCACUCUGCGAUAGUGCAGUUAAUAACGAUCCUACAUGCUAUAGUAGUAAUCCCAGCCGAUUUGCUAUACCUUCCACCCACAGGUAGUGGUUAAUAAGCAGGACAGUUCUUUUCAGAACUGAGAAGUCUCCCGAAAAAAUCUGACAAAUGUUUCCUGUGGUAGUAGAAAGUAUAACAAGACAGUUCUGUAAACAGUGUUGUCCAAGGCCCACACUUUGUGUAUCACA